AUGAUCACUGUCAUACAAAAAGAGCGAGAGUGAAAAGACAAUCUGGGUUCCCAUGCUGAAAUUUUCUUUUCCUUUUUCUUUCUAUUUUGUAUAAAUGAUUAAUCGUUCUAGUGGAGUAUUACACAUAGUAAGAUCACUUUCACUUGUCAUAUCAUAUAUAUUAAUUGUUAAGCCUCAUGUCAUCAUUAAAAAUAAUUGACAGAUUGAGGAUUGUAGUAAACACAGCAAGGAUUUGGUGGAAUGUUUUGGCCAAAAACUCAUCAGGAGAUCAAACAAAGCCACAAGGGACAGAGGGUGAUGUUUAUGUUCAAUUUCGUCCUCUAUGCAAGGCUAUAGAGAAAGAUGAUUUAAAUGCUGUGAGAGACUUCCUUCGCCUUCAUCCAGAUGCAGUACACACAAAGAUUUCACAUUUUGGUGGGACAGCACUUCAUCUUGCAAGUGCAAGUGGAAAAUCGGAGAUAGUGGAGUUGUUGAUGGAGUUGGCGACUGAAGAAGACUUACGAGUACCUGACAUCAAUGAUAAUACAGCUCUUGCAAUCGCUGCUUUUGUUGGAGCCACAAGAAUUGUAGAAUGCAUGAUAGAAAAGAACAGUAAGUUGGCUGAGAUUCCAAGUCAGCAAUUUUUGCCAGUCACAGUGGCAUGUAACAAAGGCCAUAAGGAUAUAGCCAGAUAUCUAUACUCCAUCACUCCAUUUGACUUACUGCUCCAAGAAAAUGGAGCAUAUGGAUCUUUGCUUCUUCAUGUGUCCAUAUUUAGUGAAAUGUAUGACAUUUCCCUACAUCUUCUCCGGAGAUGCCCACGAUUGGCAACGACACCAAACUAUCUGGAAACCACACCUCUGAUUCAAAUCUCUGCUUUAAGGGAUUUAUUCCCCAGUGGACUCCGAUUUGUGUUUUGGAAACGAUGGAUUUAUUCUUGUAUUCAGAUGCAACUACCUACUGCCCAGGACAGUGAUGUUCGAAUACGCAUUCCACAAAAUGGCCACAUGAAUCCUAGGAGCACUUUAGCACGAGGACUAAAGCAGAUUUAUGAUACAAAGUUGACCCACACCUAUGGCCUUGAGCUUUUACAUUUGAUGUCCGAACAUAUAUCAACUAUAGAUGACACCAGAAUCAAUGAAAGCGGAUUGUAUCAAGCAUUCCUUACAGCUAUCGACAAUGGGAUCAUUGAAGUUGUUAUUGAGAUGCUUAAAGCCAAUCCCAUUCUUUUAAUUGUAAUAGACAGCAAUGGGCAAGGCAUCCUUCAUCAUGCUAUUAAAUAUCGGCAAGAAAAGAUUUUCAGCCUUAUAUAUGCGUUGGAUACAAGGAAGCACUUGCUGAUUUCUGGAACUGACAAAAAGAAAAAUAACAUUUUACACACUGCAGCGAUGUUAGCACCUCCUAGCCGACUUGCAAGCAUUUCAGGUGCAGCUUUACAGAUGCAAAGAGAGCUACAGUGGUACAAGGAAGUGGAAAAUAUUGUGAAUCCUUCAUUUAAAGAAUUUAUCAACAUCAAUAAUGAAAUGCCAAGGCAAAUAUUUUCUGAUCAGCACAGGCAGUUGAUGGGUGAUGGAGAGAAAUGGAUAAAGGAGACAGCAACAUCUUGUACAGUUGUCGGUGCUCUUAUCAUAACCAUUAUGUUUACUGCAGCAUUUACUGUCCCUGGUGGUAAUUUUGAAGAAACAGGCUAUCCAAUAUUUUCACACGAAAAAUCGUUUAUGAUUUUUAUAAUAUCCGAUGCGAUUUCACUUUUCGCUUCCUCAACAUCAGUAUUGAUGUUCUUAGGAAUCCUUACAUCACGCUACGCAGAGAAUGACUUCCUUAAGUCCUUGCCCACAAAGUUAAUUAUCGGUCUUUCCACCCUUUUCAUUUCAAUUGCAGCCAUGAUGGUAGCAUUUUGUGCUACUCUUAUAAUAAUGUUAAGGGGAGAGCUCAAACUUGUAAUUCCAGUUACUUUAUUGGCUAGUAUUCCAGUCACCUUUUUCAUACUGCUACAAUUUCCUCUCCUUGUUGAGAUAUUUGUAUCCACAUAUGGGCCAGGCAUCUUUGAUAGAAAAAUGAAGUACUAGUACUGAACAUACUUUACAAGGAAGUGGUAUCCUCUUCAACAUUUUAUGGGUCAAGAAAGUAAUAAUGACUUUUGUUAUUGAAAUCUCUCUCUCUCUCUUUCUCACUUUACUUCAUCCUGGUACCACCGCCAUUAUGUAACUCUGUGAUCAGAAUAAUUGUUCAAAUGCAAAUAGAUUCUGUCAUAUUGCUUUGGAAUGUGAAUAGCUCUUAAGGCGUGAUUUGAGCUAAUAAAUUUGUGUAGUUAUGCUCAUUGUCGGGCUCUGUAAUAUUGGUACCCACCAACAACCCCAACCACACCACCCCCCGGCCCCGCCCUUCUCCAACUUAAUGGGUUAUUGUGAUUUACCGUUAUUCAAUAUAUUAUACAUGAAUAUUCCUCAA